UUGAACUCGGCUUCGGCUGAGUUCGGUUUCUCUAGUGUUACUUCGUGGCCGACGCUUACCAACAGUUGUUUCUGGCGUCAGCGUACCGCUAAUUCUCAUUUCCGUUUUCGCGUUCGAAGCAUUUACUAGGUUCUCGGUGCACGUGUUUGUAACUGGUCAUUGAAAAUAAGCGAAGUGAUAUUUAACUAAAACUCACGGCUGCUUGUAUAAGCCACUUCGAAAAAUAGUUCAAUACAAAGAAAUACGUAUUAUUGAAUCACGCAGAAAAUGGAGAACGGUAACGCCGUGGCGAAGGCCCAAGAGCAGACCAACGCUACCGUAAGUGAGGUUAAAGAUAACCCGGCUAAGGAUACUCCGACCGGCGAGCAGAAAACUGGCGAUGAACCCAACCCAGAACUUUUGGCUAAAGUCCGAAACCAGAUUGAGUUCUACUUCGGCGACGUGAACAUGCAGCGGGACAAAUUCUUGAUAGAACAGUCCAAACUAGAUGAGGGUUGGAUUCCAAUGUCAGUUCUGCUAAAGUUCAAGAUGCUAGCAUCGAUGACCACUGAUCUUGAAACUAUUAUCAAGGCGUUAGCUAGCAGUGAACUAAUGGAAGUUUCCGAAGAUAAGAAGAAGCUUCGACGCUCUCCUACUCAUCCUCUACCAGUUUUUGAUGAAGCCUACCGAAAAGCUCAAGAGGAGCGAACUGUGUAUGCCAAAGGCUUUCCUCUGAACAACACAAAUAUUGAGAAACUCAAAGUAUUUUUCCAGCCUUAUGGACCUGUGGAAAACAUUGUGAUGCGCAAGUACCAAGACAAGGAGAAAAAACUCCAGUUCAAAGGUUCUAUUUUCGUUCAAUUCAAAACACUCGAACUUGCGACGAGUUUUAUGGAGAAGGAGUCCCUCAAAUACGACGAUACUGAACUGAUAAGAAAAUGGUCAUCAGACUACUAUAUAGAGAAAACUAAAGAAAAGGAAGAAAGAAGACUGAAAAAGGCAGAGAAGACUGGCAAAAAAGGAGACAAAGAAGCUGAUGAGGCCGAAGGGGAAGAAGACACAGAGGAUGGAGAGAAAGAAAAAGUUGAGAAGGGAUUGCCCAAGGGGUCUGUGAUCCAUUUGUCUGGCCUUUCUGAAGAAACCACUCGAGAAGAUAUCAAGGAACGUCUAGGAGCCUUAGAAGGGAGAGUUGCAUUCAUAGACUUCAAAAAAGGUGACGUGGAGGGCUGGGCUCGACUCCAGGGUGAUGAAGCAGCACUCCCAGUUUUCGAAAAGAUGGAAAAUGGGAAGCUUCUAAUCAGCGGCAAAGAAGUAACUUGCAGGAUUUUGGAAGGCGAAGAAGAGGACAAAUACUUAGCAAAAGCCAAAGAGGAGAUGGCAAAUCUCCGACAGAAAUAUGACCACAAAGGAAAACGUGGCGGCCGAAGAGGUGGCCGAGGCGGAUACAGAGGUGGACGCAAAAGGAGAAACAGCCCAAAUCGAGAUAAGCAACAGCCUCCAGCAAAGAAGGUCGCAGCGGCCGAGUAACUGACUCUCAUACAACAGGCAAGUUAACACCGUCGUUAGAGAGGAGUCGUGAAUCAUAUAAAUAUCUAUAUAUAAUAUAUUAUAUAUAAAUAUAAAAUAUACUACAUUACAACAAUGUAAUAACUUCAUUGGCGAUGUAUAGUAUUUUUUCAAUUCUCGAGACACCUUCAAGUAAUUUGAAGACAAAAAUAUUACUGAAGACUGCAUUCAUUUGAGUUUAUUGUGGCGAAUAUGACCGCAGCGUUUGCCAUUCUGCUUCCUUCCUUUGUUUAUUAUGUAUCGUUCAUAAUAUAUUAGGAUAAUGUAUUAAUUUAACAGAAUGUAAUUAAAAGUUGGCUUAUAUUUCUUAUA